AGAAUAUUCGUCGUUAGAACUCUUGUUGAUCUACCGACCACUGUCUUCCUGAAUCUUUUCAUUUGUGUGAUACCUGGACAAGUGAUUCAUAAUGAAAACUAUUAUAUUAGUAUUCGUCGGUUUGCUGUGCGCAUUAUUACCGCCUUCUGAAGGUAGUACCAUCGGAUUGAAAAGCAAUCGAGAGUUUCGUCAAAGCACGAAUUUUGCAUCCAAUUCUGAGUCUGUACCUCAGUGCGGAAUCGGUAAUGUGCCGGUAAGCAAAAUCGUUGGUGGCGAGAAAGCUAAAGCAGGUCAAUAUCCUUGGAUGGUCAGUCUUGCAAAUUAUAUGCUGCAGCCGAUAUGCGGUGGCACUUUGAUUUCCAACAAACAUAUUCUCACCGCCGCUCAUUGUUGUUAUGGUACUGGGUUGCGCCUCGCGCACAUUGGUGGCUUAAAUUUAUACGACGAUAACGACGGUACAGAUCCAUACAACGUUUUGAUAACAAGUAUAAAGAUCCAUCCCGAAUACGAUAGCGACACCCAAGAGAACGAUAUAGCUAUUUUAAAAACACUUUUCAGCGUACCAUCAAGAUUUGUUCCCGCUUGUCUUCCGCUGGGCGAUAUGAAAAAUAAGAUAUUAGAGGGAAAGGAGGCUAUCAUCGCUGGAUGGGGACGUACAUCAUACGAGGGAGAGCAAAGCAGUGUACUUUUGCAAGCAGAAGUUGUUAUAUGUUCGGAGAAAGAAUGCAAAACUAAUUACAGCAGAGUUGAGGGAAUGGAGAAUUCAGUCAUUGAUUAUCGCGUUGUAUGCGCAGGAAAACUUGGAAAAGAUUCCUGUCAGGGUGACAGUGGUGGACCACUGAUGAUUCAAUAUAAUAAUAGGAUAAUCGUUGUUGGGGUAGUUUCAUGGGGCUUGGGAUGCGCUGUGCCAAGUUUCCCAGGCAUAUAUACAAAAGUUGCAACUUUCUUAGACUCAUUCAUCCUGCCAAUUAUGGCACUGUGAAUACUGGAACUCCCAAAAUGUCUCCAAGAUGUUGACAACCAGCAGGACCUAGGCGAAAGCUCAACAAAAGCUUAUUAUCAAUAAAGGCAUGAACUAAUAUUUAAUUUCUUGUAAAUGUUAUUA